AUGCGGGGAUCUCGCGAAAUUUAUGCUACAGUGCGUGAUUGCUGGUCGAUGAUUUUGUUAUUGGUUAUGUCGGGUGACGUUGAGCAGAACCCAGGGCCUAAGACGACUGAACUGUUGGAGUUGAUUAUAGAGAAUCAGGCGACGUCUGACUGUAAAUUGGGCGCUAUAAAUGAAGAAAUUGCAAAACUGCACACAAAGACUGAUAAAUUGACUGAUUAUGUUGAAGUAAUUAAGGACUUGAAUAGGAGAAUAGACAGUCUAGAGAACCUUGUUCGGCAACAAGCUGAAAAGCUGAUUGAGUUUGAAACCCGAAGCCGACGGAACAACCUUUUAGUAUUCGGUCUUCUUGAGGAGAAUGGGGAAUCUGAGUCGACCUUGAAAGCGGCGGUUGUAGACACGCUCUUUCGGGAAACGCUAGGAGUUCAAGUACAGACGGUAGAAAGGAUACAUCGCUUAGGCAAGAAGAAGCCAGGAAGUCCUAGGCCUGUAAUUCUAGGAUUUUAUGACUCAAGGGAAAAAGAGCAGGUGCUGAGGAACUGCCGGAAGCUAAAAGGAAGCCAAAUUAGGAUCAGCAGUGAUUAUCCGAAAGAAAUAGUGGAAGUGCGUAAAAAGCUGUGGGCAAGCGCUUCAGUUGACAGGAACAAUGGCAAAAGGGUCACCUUGGUUCAUGACAAACUGAAAGUAAACGACCAGUUUUACGUAUGGGACCAUGGCCAAAAUGAGCGGUGCCUAUGUCACGAAUAUCGCCAAAAUGACGCCUCAGAAUAUCACACAGUAUUUGGCAAAUGCUACGAAGACCUCAAUAUCAACCUGCAAUUUGCAGGGGAUGUUAUCAAGAAAGAUCCAGGCACAAAGGUCCUAGGGGUCACUUCCGCUAUCAACCCACCAACGUCACCGACUGGAUCAAAGGUUCUACAAAGAAUGAACACAAGGUACUCAUCUAAUUCACUGUAUUGCCCACAGGAACAGGGCAAAUGCAUCUACCUCACAAGUCUUGAGGAAGUCCUCACUCAACAACGUGAAAUACAUAUAGCCAGGCUUCAAGACACCUCCGAAAACAGGGCCAUCGCCCCGCACCUCGGCAUCCCACUAGUCACUGCCCACACCACCCCACCUCUUAAACCUACAUAG